AUCGCAGCGAGCCAGGGACGCACGAGCCACCAGAGUUCUUCCUCCUUCGGCUCCCCCACUGAAGCGCCGCCACGACCACCAUGGCCGCCAUUCCUCCUCCGGCUCCGGGGGCCUCUCACUCUCCUUCAACUCCUUUACCACCUCCAGGGCCCCCCAUCUUGGCCGAUUCCUUGCCCCCUUCCUCGAUUCCCUCUCUCCAGUCAACAUCCCCCAAGGCCAGCGACGGGAAGCCGAGGGCUAGGCCAGCAACGGCGCCAAUCAAACUAGGUUUAGAUGGCGGAGAACCACCUCCUGGAACGGACGGCGUGGGGAGGGUGGGCAGCCAAGAGAUCGAUGGCGGCGAACCAGAGCGUGGCAAUGACGGCGGCGGUGAUGCCCAGAUGCGCACAGAUGCGGGCGGCGGGAAGCGGCCGGAGCGCAAGAAACCUAACGGGAGCUCCCUCGUCCCCACCAUCAUCAAGGCAUCUCAGAUUCAACUGGGAGAGGGCAAGCUUCACAAAGGGAAAACCCGAAAGCCAAGAUCAGAGAAAAUAAGAAAUAUCAAGGGAGACCUUCCAAUGGGUUCAAAGUCAACCAGUCCAUUACUUCGAUCUCCAGUCCAAUUAACAAGUUCACCAGGAGUUAAUAUGCUUGCCCGUUCUGUAGCAGUGAAAAGAGCAUCAGUAAUAGAAAGGGUUGCUUCCAUUAAAAGAGCAAAGAUGACAGGUUCACCUAAGGCAUCACAUCACCCACCAAGUUUUACUCAAUUAAGUUCCCCUUCUCUUGAAGAUCUUUCACCUGGUACAAGAACUACCAAUUCACAUGCAUCAAAACGAAGACGCCGCAAGUUGAUAUCAGCCAUAUGGACAGAAGCUGAACCUAUCUAUAAGGAUGGGAAGCUUGUGGAAGGCAGGUGCAUUCAUUGUCAUCAAAUAUUUGCAGCUAGCAGAGACUCUGGGACCAGCCAUAUCAAACGACAUUUGAAGGUAUGCGAUGCACAAACUGCAAUGACUGAAAUGGUUGAUAGGAUGGGUCGUUCUGAUUCAAGGGACCCCAAUUGGAAGUACGAUCCCAAGGUCGCGAGAAGGAAAUUGGUAAAACUAAUUGUUGUCAAUGAAAUGCCAUUUUCAUUGGUUGAAUAUGCACCAUUUAGAGAGUUCACGGCUUCAUUGAAUCCUUGGUUUGAAAAUGUUUCUAGGACAACUAUAAAAAAUGAGUGUAUGGAUGCAUUUAACGAUCACGGAAAUGCACUGAGAGAUUAUUUUGAAAAUUGUUCCUCUCGCAUAUCUCUCACAGGAGAUAUGUGGACCUCUAACCGAAACCGGGAUACUUCGCAUGACCUGUCAUUGGAUUUCUAA